AUGCAAGCUCAGCGCCUAGCUCCUUCUCACCCGGCCUACCCUCUCCUCGUCCAGGUCAACUCGGUCAUUGCUCAGGUUGUUCAAUUGGCUGGAAAAUCCUCUCGAGAUGCAGGGAGCAUGAGCGCACUUCUCAAUGGCGUCAUGCCUCAACUUGAAUACUUGCAAUCAAUUGGUGCAUACACCGAUGGCGAGAUGGAAAGGAUCAAGUCCCUCAUCAGCCAACACUCUUACUCGCGCUCGCGCUCCAACUCGUCUCGCACUUCGUCCUCUUCGGCAUCGUCGCGAGACAGCUCUCCGCCGUCGCCCUCGUCUGCCUCAUCGCAUUCGUCAUCGCAAACACGACACAAUCUGCCAGCGUAUGCCCCAUCACGCGAGGCUCCCCCUACAUUGGGCAACAUGAACAACACUCGCAUUGUCCGCCAGCCCGACCUCCACCGUGUUGCUGACUCUCGCAAGGCUGCCCGUGCUGCUGGCCAACCUGUUCCCCCUGUCGGCUUCCAAGUCCACCACCCCAAGCGUGGCGGUAGCGUCGAGGCCUCCGGCUUAAGGAGGGACCAAGAGGGCUUCAUCACCCCUUACAACGGCCCCAUCCUCGGAUAA